GUAGCUUUAAAAACACCGCAGUGCCGUCUGGGUAAAAUAUGGUAUGUGUUUUAAGCAAAGAAUGCACAAGUCGCCAUGGAUAUAUGAGCUUCAAAAUACUAUAUAUGUUAGGUAAUUUUUUAGCUACAAGUGACUGUGUGCUGUUAUCAUUCGCCUGUUUGAAUAGGAAACGCCACAAAGCGGGGACUUAAUCAUUUUUGUCUCUGGCUUAUCUGCCAUUAAAAAAGGCUACGUUGCUAAUUUAGUUAGCUUCCAAAACGGAGAGAAUUAACAGUUACACCUUAACUAGCUAAAACUGUUAUCGCACAGUUUAAUAAACCAUCUUGUAGGAUGAAAUGACUGUGUCGUUAAUGUUGUAAUGCAUAUUAUUACUAUUUAUAUUCUCUAUCUGGCUUGUAGGCUCUCCUUUGUUUCCAAUCGCAACGUUAUAUUGAUUGACUGAAAGGAAAGAUCGGGAAGCGGCCGGAAAAAAUGGACGAAAGUGUCGAAAAUGUUAAUAACGACGACAUUGUCAUUAUCGUGGAAAACGAGGCAGAAAGUUUGCCAGCCGAGGAAGAGAGGCUGAAACAGCAAGGCACCUUCGGGCUCAUGGACACAUGUCCUAUCUGCAAGUUGAGCUUCCACAACAGAGAGCCCAAACUCCUGCCGUGUCUUCACUCUUUCUGCAAGAGGUGUCUCCCGGCCCCCUUCAGGAGUGCUGAUCCGAGGCGUGACUCGCAAGGCCAAGUCGACCACAACAAAUCACUGGGUGCCAUUCGAUGUCCAGUAUGCAGACAGGAAUGCUGGGAGAUAGACAUGUUGGAUAAUUUCUUUGUCAAAGACUCUGCUGAGGUGCCAAGCAGCACCGUGGAGAAAACCAGCCAGGUGUGUAUGAGCUGCGAUGACAACACAGAGGCAACAGGUUACUGCGUGGAGUGUGUGGAGUUUCUGUGUGUGACAUGUAUUGAGGCGCACCAAAGGGUCAAGUUCACCAGGGAUCACACCAUACGCCAGAAGGAGGAGAUGUCUCCAGAAGCAUUAGGUAUGUCCACACAGAAGCCUGUGUUUUGUGACAUCCAUAAGCAGGAGCCACUGAAGCUUUUUUGUGAGACGUGUGACCGACUCACCUGUCGGGACUGUCAGCUGCUUAAACACAAGGAUCACAACUACCAGUUUUUGGAGGAUGCAUACAGGAACCACAGACAGUAUCUUGAGAACAUGACGCAGCAGUUGCAGGAGAAAAGAAAGGCCAUUGAGGACAUGUCCAGCUGUAUCAGCUCUGGAUUACAGCAAGUUGAAGAAAACCGAAAGGCUGUCACUAAUGAAAUAAAGAAGUCUAUCUGUAACUUGAUUAUGGAGAUCAACAGGAAGGGAAAGAUUCUGGUUAACCAGCUUGAGGCUCUGACUAAAGACCAUGAGCUGGGUUUAAAAAAGCAGCAAGAGGACGUCAACUGUCUUACCAGGCACCUGGACCAUGUCAUCAGCUUUACCAAAUGGGCGACAGCCAGCCAAAGUGGAACAGCCCUCCUGUACUGCAAGAGACUGAUCCUUUUUCAGAUCCAUUACCUGAUGAGAGCAAGCUGUAAUCCCUCCAUCGUCCCUCAGAGUUCUGUGCGCUUUCAGUGUCGUUCUGGUUUCUGGGCCACGAAUGUAGACCUUGGUUCUCUGGUUGUAGAAAGGGGUCCGGGCCGGCUGCCCAUCACCAACAACCAGGCCGGUCCGAGAGCUGAGGCACCAGCUGGAGGUCUCUCAGUCUCAGCUCAGCAGCGACAGAGCACGCUGGCUCAGCUCCAGCUGCAGGUGGACAAGCUUUCCCAGCAGCCCCACAGGCAGCCCCCUCCUAACCAUUGGUCCUGGUACCAAAAUGCCAGGCUCCCAGGACCCCCAGGACCCCCCGGCCCUCCGGGACCUCCCGGCCCUCCACCCCCAACUAGACCCAUCCAUGGCGGGUCGUCCCCCUCCCAAGGUCCCCCCAGCUUGGGACAGCCAGGACGCAGAUACGGAAGCUCCCACCCCAACACUAGAAGCCCCACAUCAUCCAUGCUUCACAACACAGGAUACCCAGCUGCUCAGUCUCUGAGAGAUCUGAUCCAAAGCUCUAGCUUCCCUCCUAAACCCAUGGAUGUGUUGCAGGGUACGUCUCGCUACCCGCAGCCUCUGUCUGCCGCAGCGGCUACACAGCUGUCACUACAUCAGCGGGGCCCAACGGAGUCCUCUUUCCUGAAGAGGAGUGAGGCUGGUGGAUCUGUCCCUUCCAUCACCAUCUCCAUUCCCAAACCCAGCUUUGCUCCAAGUCUAGCUUCAGCACCUGCAGACAAAACAAGCACAUUUAAUCACAUAGCAGUUCAAGUAAGGCAGAAUUCCCCGAUGGCCAAACCCUCUUCAUCAGACAGAAGCACAGGGACAACUUCCUGGAGGCAGACUUCUGAGCCUCCAUCUGCCCCCUCAGCAAAGCGACGGAGAAGGUCGUCACCAGGGCCCGUCAUUGUCAUCAAAGACGAGCCAGAGGAUGAGGAUGAAGUUCGAUUUGUGCAGUCCAGCGUAGGGUCCAGCCUGCCAGACAGCAGCACCGGGGCUCAGUCAAAGCCUCGGCAGCAGCCAAAGGUGCCGGUCCCUGUCCCAGACCCUGGAUCAGAGUCUGGGAAAGAGCAGCGUCCGCAGCCCGCAGCGCAACCAGAGUCCGAGAAGAGAGCGGAACCGGAGGAAGAUCCUAAUGAGGACUGGUGCGCCGUCUGUCAGAAUGGAGGGGAGCUGCUUUGUUGCGACAAGUGUCCCAAAGUCUUUCAUCUGGCCUGCCACAUUCCCGCUCUCAAUGAGUCUCCCAGUGGGGAAUGGUUCUGUUCGCUCUGCCGAGACCUCGCCUCUCCUGAGAUGAAGUAUGACUGUGACAGCAAGGAUGACCCCGUCUCUGAAGGGUGCCCACCUGUUGAAAGAAGGAGGUGUGAGAGGCUGCUGCUACGUCUGUUCUGCAACGACUUCAGCACUGACUUCCAGCAGCCUGCUACUCCAUCAGAGACAAGAAGGUACAAAGAGCUGAUCAAGACUCCGAUGGAUCUCUCAAUAGUCAAGAAGAAACUGGACUCAAAGUCGCAGGAAGGGGAAUGCUAUAUUAGUCCGGAUGGGUUUGUCGCUGACGUCCGCCUCAUAUUUUUCAACUGUGCAAAGUACUACAAGGCGACCUCAGAAGUGGGGAGUGCAGGCUUGUACUUGGAGGACUACUUUGAGGAACAGUUGAAACUAGUCUACCCAGAUAGGGUCUUCCCGGGAGGGAGGGAGGAGCAGAUGAUCCCUCCUUUGGAGGACGAGAUAGAUGAAGAGGAAGAGAUGAUGCAGGAAGGCAUGGCUCCCAUUGAAGACGAUAAACCACAAAGCCCUGCGGAAAACGGAAUCCCGCCUGUGGAAGAGGACUUGCCGCAUCUGGAAGAAGCGACGGUCCCGGCAGAGGAAGAAAAGUCUGAAACAGAGGCGAAGGGGAUUGAUACGGGUGAAAAGGCAGCGGAUGAAAAGGUAGCAGCUGUGGAAGGAGACGUGCUUCCUGCAGAGGAGGCAAAGCAGGACGAGGAGACUCCUGUGAAGGAGCUGGAAAUUUCCCAAGUUGCCGAUAGUGAAACAAAAGACGAAGCAGCUCCCAGCUCCCCAAAAGAGGAGAGCCCUCAGCUCCCUACAGACACGCCUGUGGAUCCAGCUGAAACCCAGGAGAAGGAGUCAGCUCCUGCAGACACAGCCAAAGAGGAGGAGGGAUAGAUGGAAUGCAACAGAGAGAAACUGUAGAAAGGAUGGAUGAUUUCAGUCUUCCACAGAAGUGGCCCCAGUGGGGACCGACAUUUGCUGCAAUCAGACGACUUUUUGUUGUUGUAAUUUAUAUGUUGUAUUUACAAUAGAUAAAAUGGUGUCUGCUUUACUAAAUAGACUGUAGUAGCGGCCAUGGUGUAGAUGCACAAUGAAAGGAGUAAAUAAGCUUUUUUUUUGUCUUUUGCUGGACAGACGUUACAAUUUUACUGUAACUGAAAGUUAUCUUUGAUGACGACAGUGAAAAGCACAUUAAAGAUACUUUUUAUUGAUAGGAUCAUCUAUGAGUUAUUGUCAUCAAAAUAAUAUUUGGUCAGUAAUGCAUGCAAGAUGUCUCGAAUAGUAAUGCCUUCCUUUUGUUUAUAGAUUUUGGCUAACUUGUAUUAGCCAUUUAGCUCAUAAAACAAUCAUGUUUUAUUGCAAUAGUAUUUUUUUAUUUGAUUAGUGUUGUAUUAAUGCUUUUGCAUCUAACAUAUACACUGUAAAUAGAAAGACCUGACAUUUUGAAAGAUUAUGCUAUUUGGUUGUAUGAGAAAGAAAAUGAGUUGCCACUAUGGUGGUUUCAUUGUUUGACGCCUCUUAUCCCCCAAAUCCCAGAAAUGUGUUAUGACAGCAGCCUGCUUGGUUUUUAUCAGGAGAACAAUUCUUCCGACUUUGUUGAUAUUACUUUUAUCAGUCUGAGAUAACUCGGAGACACAAUUAUCAGUUUCUCAUCAUCAGCCACUGACAUCAGUGUGUUCUCCAUAUUGUGUCCUUGUCCUUCUGCAUUAUGAGAUUAGGCCUACGCUUUGUUAGAUCUGGUUUCCCUCACUGAAAGGUUUGUGAAAUUAUCAAGAAACCUUUUUUUUUACAUAGAUUCAAUUAACUAAGCAUUUCUGUAUGGCCAUCAUGUCACGUGAGGUAAAAAGAAUGAAUCAAAAACUGACACUUCAAUUUCAAUAUAGAUAAUAUUGUCUACUAUUAUUGCUUUUGUUAUUUAUUAAGGAUACACAGGACCUGCUUAUGAACUCUGCAAACAAUGUUGAACAUAAAACCUGCAUUUACAAUAUUUGUAAUAAACAGGGUUACAUGUAGAUCUGA